GGGAAAGAGGGAAAUGUAGCGUUUGAGGGGGGGGGAAGCUCUGCUCAGAAAGUGGCUCGAGGGAGCCAGCAGCUGGGGGGGGUGGAGGAGAGACGAGCACGUGAGGGGGGCCAGGUGGGUGGAGGGGAAGGAGUUGGAGGGUUGGUUCUCCCCCCCCCCCCAAAAGCCCUUGGGCUCUGAUCUCCCCCCUCCCCCCCCGGCCUGGCUCCGGAUUGGGGCCCAGCUGGCCAUGGCAUUCGCCGACGCCGUCCUGCCCUCCAUCAGCAGCCUGGCCGGCUUCUGCCACUUCCAGGAGAAGCAGUCGGAGAUCCUCAAGUGGUGGAAGGUGGAAGAUGACCCGGACCCCCCAGCGCCCAGCCCCAGGGACAGGGACCUGCCCCAGCCCCACGGCUCCCUGCAGCUCAAGCAAGAGGAUGAGGAAUCCUGCUGGGACCUAGACUUCCUGCUCAGCAAUUUCCCCAGCACGGAGGCCGGUGGCCCCGGCCCAGGCGGGGGGUUCGAGGCAGGGCUCGGGCUGUGCCAGCCGGAGGGCUACGAGGGGCAGAGCCCGGGUGGGUACACAUUGGGGAAUGGGCUCCCUGGCCCCACCAGCCUGGUGGCUGAGCUCCUGUCGGGGGACGAGCCCCUGGGCUGCAGCUCGGCACCUCCCGGCUAUGCCCGCGGGCAAGAAAAGGGGGGAGCGGGCACUUUUGUGGCGCAUCUGCCGGCAUAUCCCUCCAGGCCAGACUGUGAGGCCCAGCCCCCCGGCGAAUACAGGGAGCCCCGGCCCGUGGCCCUGCGGCAUGGCUACCAGCUGAUGUAUGGGGGCUAUGCCCCGCUGGCCCCCACCCUGCUGGCCCGGGGUGCCCCCUACUGCCAGCUGCCCCCCUACGGUCUGGGGGGCAGCUGCCAGGCCUUCUGUCACAGCCAGUACCAAGCCCGGUUCCAGCUGUACCGGGGCAGCCCAGCUCUGCUGCCCUCCCCGGCCCCCGCAGGCUACCUCGGCCUCCUGGCGCCGCCCCACCCGCCAGCCAGGGAGCUCCCAGCCAAGCCCAAGAGGAGCCGCAAGACCUGCGCCCACAAGCGCCCCACCAGCCACACCUGCAGCCACCCCAGCUGUGGCAAGACCUACACCAAGAGCUCCCACCUCAAGGCCCAUCUCCGCACCCACACAGGCGAGAAGCCGUACCCCUGCACCUGGGCGGGCUGCGGCUGGAAGUUCGCCCGCUCGGACGAGCUGACACGCCACUACCGCAAGCACACGGGGCAGCGCCCAUUCCAGUGCCAGCUGUGCCAGCGCGCCUUCUCCCGCUCCGACCACCUGGCCCUGCACAUGAAGAGACACGCGUAGGGACAGCCCGGAGCCCACUCCGCCUGCGCCACGGACUGGAGCAGCCCCGCCACCGGCCUGGCCCCAGGGCCGGCCCUGUGACCCCCACCAACGCCCGGGGGCACCGGCCGGGAGCAGAAUUGGGGGAGGGGGGUGUUUGGGCUUCCUGCGGCUGAGGGGAAUGGACCUCGGGGGGCGGAGGGGGGGGUUGUCUGAGCGCCUCCCCCUUUGAGGACACUAGGGGGCUUUGGGGGCUGGUAGUUCCCGGGGGGGGGGUGGCAGUGGAUGCGUGGACUCCACUCGGGAGAGGGGGGAGGUAUUGUGCUGAUCCAGUGUGUAUGGGGGGGGGUUCCCCCCUUAUACCUGGCCAGCCCUCCCUUGUCCAGUGCCAGCUGCUUCCUCGUUGUGGGGAACCCCUCCCCUCCUGGGGGUGCCUAGAACCCCUCCCCCAGGAAUCUGGCCUGCCUGAUGAUGGUACCUGCAACUAACCCCCUCAGAACCUGGCCUCUCACCAGCACUGCCUAGAACCCGACCCGCUGGGGCCCGCCUGCUCUUGGGGCGCCUAGAACCCGACCCGCUGGGGCCCGCCUGCUCUUGGGGCGCCUAGAACCCGACCCGCUGGAGAUCCUGCCCUAAACCCCACCCCUAUGGGGUCCCCUCUUGCCCUGGGGCUGAGCAGGCAGCCCCGCAGCACGGAGACUGGCGUCCCCUAGUGGUAGCGAGCCGUUUAAGCAGGUUCUGUUCUGUUCUUUCCCCUUCAGCAGUGACAAGCAGCAAGUGCCUCCUUAUUAAAUGUCAGAAGGGGGAAGAGAUACUCUGGCUUUAUAAACUGCAGGAGACGGGGUCCAGCAUCUUUCCCCUCUAGGGGGUGCCGGCUUCGCUUUGGUGCUGGGGUGGGGAACUGGCUGGUUCAGGGGCUGGGGACUGGGACAUGAGGCCUUUCCCCUCUAGAGGGUGCUGGCUCUGACUUCAAUGAUUAAAGCACCAGAUGUAGUUUCCAGCUCCAUGAAAUGAGUUUGAGAGCUCCUGCCACCCUCGGGGUAGGGGUGGGGAUUGGGCCAGGCCCAUGGGAGAUGGGUGGGGGCAGGAGACUUCUCUGAAUGAACUGACUCCAUUCAGAACAGCUGCUGGCCCUGGCCUCAUCUCACAGCGGUAGCAACCAGACCUCACUGCUCAGCAUGCACAAGUUGUGGGACUCUUUGAAGGAUUAAAUUUACCCUGUGAGUAACUCUUUGCAGCUUUGGGGACCCAGUUCUUCUCUCUCCAUCCAUCAGUUCUGGUCGCAGGCAUCAGAAUUACAGAUUCCCUUUGUUUUCAGUGUGUUUCUCCCCCCGUGCAGUGUCUCAUAUGCCCCAUACUGUUAUCAGUGAAUGGGGAUUCGUCUGGCUGUGUCUUCUAUGCAGAAUCUACACCCCACUGUGUUUGAACCUCUCUAAGCCAGGAGAGGAUUGAAAUGAAGUUAUUUCUUCUCCCCUGGCUCUUUGAAAGUGUGUCCUGGUGAAUUGAAAAGUAAGAGCUGCAAGGGACGACUCUGCGGAAGUAUCACAGAAGCGCUUACCCAGCUCGUGGUCUCUGUCAGGCUGGGUGCUGCACAGUGAGGGCCAGUUCCUGCUCUACAUUGCCUCAGUUUCCCCUUCACCUUGUGUCUCUGAAUGCGAAAGGGACUUGCCCUAGCUCUGAGAGCAGGUCUGUGGCCGAGUCAGGAGGAGAACCCAGGAGUCCUGACUCCUGGUAGGGGGCCCUGGCCAUUCAGCCAGGUUGCCUCCCCGAGCCUAGUGAAUAAGAGUGGAUUUUGUUUAAUGACUGCAGGAGGGGCAGUGCCCAGCCCAAGGGGUCCUGGCCUGGGAUUAGGGCCCCUGGCUGCUGCUGUAAUGCACCUAAUAAAUCAUGUACAGUGCCCAGCAUAAGGGGGUCCUGAGCACUACCGUAAUGCACCUAAUAAAUUGUGUACAGUGCCCAGCACAA